GCCUUUUGGGGCAGCCCGCGCGCGCGCGCCACCCCCCGAAAAAGGGUCACGGCACGCGAAAAACCGAUCGAUAGGGCGACGAUUCGGAAUCCGUCGCGACGACGGGCCAGGUAAAAGCGGAAGACACCCUCGCCUCGUCGCCGAUCGCCGCGCAGAGAGUAGGCCGUGGCUCCAUCGCGUGCCGCGUCAUCUGUCAUUUCGGCGUACGUACGGCGAAAUUUCCGAUCCCCGUCGAUAACGGCGAAGAUGAACGCUGGGCGCAGGCCGCGUUGUCGAAAACGGGUCGCUUAGUGCGCGCGGCAGUUCGAUUAGUCGGCCGCGGACGAUCCGUUCCAUUACGUCGGAGUUUUGAUGUGCGUGUGUGCGGUGUUCUGUGUUUUGCGAAUAUACGCGGCGGCGAAGAAUGACAAAUGACGAUCGUCGUUGACCGCUCUCCGUGGUUGCGUUGCGUAACGACCCCGAAUUGCGUCGAUUAAUUGUCUGAGGCGGCACGAUGUCGAUCCGCCGGGUCUGUUGAGGACCGUCGCCGCGUUUGUUGUUUUGUUUUUUUUUUUUGGCGUUUCGGGAUGCGGCGGCGAAGGCCUCGACGUUAUCUUUACGACGGACCAUAAUUUAAGAUCCACGCGAAAUGGCCGUGGAGAGCUGAUGCCGACUGGCCAAAAGGACAUAGCCGACGGUGCGAAGAUGGCAGCCACGGACGAUUAAAAAGUCGCCGCGCCGCAUACCGUAGUGCGCACCCCGCCCCUUUCAAUCUCGUAUGGAGACCAACAUAUCUUCGGCACUUCUUCCAAGCGAUUCUUCUUACAACUACUCUAGAGUGUACACGAAAAUCGGGUAUAAUUUGGCGGAGAGCAUCGCCAUGUGCAUCAUUUUGGGCGGCAUCAUCGUCACCACCGUCGUAGGAAACGUCCUGGUCUGUGUCUGCAUCUUUCUCGUCCGUAAGCUGAGACGGCCCUGUAAUUAUCUGCUGGUCAGUCUGGCGGUGAGCGAUCUGUGCGUCGCGACGCUGGUCAUGCCGAUGGCCCUCAUCUACGAGAUAGAGGGCAGGUGGAUAUUCGGCGAGAUCGCCUGCAACCUAUGGGUGAGCCUCGACGUUCUCAGCUGCACUUCGUCUAUCCUGAACCUGUGCAUGAUAUCGGUGGAUCGUUACUUCGCGAUCACCAAACCCCUUGAGUACGGGGUGAAAAGGACUCCGCGCCGUAUGACCUUGUGGAUCGUGUUAGUGUGGUGUUUAGCGGCCAUGACCUCGCUGCCUCCGCUGCUCAUCAUCGGUAACGAGCACACGCAGACGGAGGAAAGCGGCGAAAUCAUCAAGGACGUGUGUUUAGUAUCCCAGGACAUCGGUUACCAGUUAUACGCGACCAUGUUCAGUUUUUACAUUCCGCUGACUGUGAUGAUCGUGGUGUACUAUAAGAUAUUCCGCGCUGCGAGGCGGAUAGUCAACGAAGAGAAACGGGCCCAGAGUCACCUGGAGUCGCACUGCUACCUCGAGAUCAGCGUGAAGAACGGCGACGGACCCCCGGAGAACAAGAUUGCGAACGCUGGCGACCACAGAUCGAGCUCGAUCGGUUCCAACGCCACGUGCAGCAUGGAUCGAUCGACGCUCGGCAGGUGCUUCAAAUCGCGUCGCAGCAACGAGUCCCAGUGCCCGAUGCUGACCAAAUCUUCGACGUCGAACGACCCGAAACCCUCAAAGUCGAGCCUGCUGAUGUCGAUGGCCAAAUCGUCUCCGAACAUCAGCAUCCACCAGAAGAAGCUACGGUUCCAGCUGGCCAAGGAGAGGAAGGCCAGUACCACCCUGGGCAUCAUAAUGAGCGCCUUCAUCUUCUGCUGGCUCCCGUUUUUCGUAUUGGCCCUGGUCAGGCCGUUCCUGAAGGAAACCACCAACACACUGAACACGCUCAGCAGCCUCUUCCUCUGGCUGGGCUACACCAACAGCCUGCUGAACCCGAUCAUCUACGCGACGCUGAACAGGGACUUUCGGAAACCUUUCCAAGCAAUACUGUACUUUAGAUGCGGCAGCCUCAAUCACAUGAUGCGCGAGGAUUUUUACCACAGCCAGUACGGCGAUCCGGAGCAGCACGUGGCCAGGUGUCACGUGGACUACGAGGAGGGGGUCGAGUACAUCGAGGCCGACGGCGAAGAUGUCAAGGUCCCUGCUUCCGAUGAUGCCGCACACGAAUCGUUUCUAUGAUCGCGCACACUUUUAUAGCAAACUCAAACAUUAUGAUUAAAUUAAUACUGAUA